AACCUCCUUUUUUGCGAUCACAGCGCGUCGCGCCGAGCAAGUCCGGCACGGCGCGCAGUUGCUAACAAGGAAGGGAGUGGAGAAGAUCGUACCUACAUUCUAUGUAUGUGAACGGAGUAGUCUGUUCUGACGUACAUGCGCAUAUACAUGCGAUUGUUGAGGACAAUGAUCAAUGAUGAAGACUCAUAUCAUAUGCACUGGCAUCGUUGCAGUCCCGCAAUGGCCGUCCCGAUUAUCAUUACUGCCGUCGCUCCUGAUUGCGAUCGCAGAGACUGGGCAUGUGACACUUUGGAGAAACGACCCUACCCAUGGCUCACUAGUAAGUGGCAGUUACAUCUUUCUUUCUUUUUCUUUUUCCGUCUCUUUCCCCCCUGAUUCCUUUGAUGGCAGCAACGGGCUAGAAAAGGAAGUCUGCCUUGGGAAGCAAACGGGAUAAAGCAAGCCAUGGCAUCUCCAAAGCCCACCGUGCCCAGGAUGGGGGACCAAUAGCCACGACGCAUGGGCGGAGAUGUCAAGUUGCGAGGAUCAGCAUCUGGACAAAGCGCGACCCUCGGGCAACAGGACGAUCCGAGUCUCUAGAUCCCGCUAUGUGACUCGAUACCAGCCAGGGAAGAGCAAUGGCUAAACGGUAUGAGCUAGGCGACGGGAAGGACCUAGUCUACACCACGUAAACACAGCUAGACUGCUACCCAUGCAUACUCCGUACAUGAUUAGACUAAGUGACUCGAAUAAUGAGUGCGUGAGUAAGACCUGACGGGACCUCAGUCCCAACUACCACCCACCCCGGCUUAGUCCCGCACGAAGGCAGAAAGGAUUAAUAUAGAUACAUUAGUUGGGUAGCCAUCAUGGCCCAUGCCAUGUCCGUCGGGUCUGCCUGGAG